AUGGCGAGAUUACUACAAUUUGUUACUAAAACAUCAAAGGUUCCCCUGGAGGGGUUUAAAGCAUUACGGGGUAUAUCUGGUCCCCAGCAGUUUCAGAUUCACAAGACAUAUGGUGCUCCUAAAAGGCUGCCCUCUGCACAUACCUGUUUUAACCAACUAGAUCUACCAGAAUACUCUUCCAGGGAACAAUUAGAAGAAAGGUUGUUGCUUGCUAUCCAUGAAGCUAGUGAAGGCUUUGGUUUUGGUUAGACCUUGUGGCAGUUGAUAACAUAUGACUAUUUUCUCUCUGCCAU